UAGUCAACUGAAAAAACUUCUACUCUACAGAGUACAGAGUGACGAAGAAAGCACGGAGUAGGUGUCGAAUCGAAUCGGAAUCGAUGCUGCCCCUCCUCCUCCUCCUCCUCCCAGUGCCCCCCCUCCCCCACGCCUCCGCUGCCGGCCACAUCUGCAUCGUGGGCGCUGGCAUCUCCGGCGCCUCCACCGCCUUCUUCCUCACCAACUACACCACCUCCCUCGCCCCAGGGUCUUUGACCGUCUUUGAGCGCCGUCCCAAGGUCGGCGGCCGCCUCGGCACCGUCGCCAUCGCCGGCGACCACUUCGAGGCCGGAGGCUCCAUCAUCCACCCCCGCAACCUACACGCGCGCCGCUUCGCCGACCUCCUAGGCCUCGCCGUCAAAACUGGAGGCGACGACGACUGGCUAGGGAUCUGGGAUGGCCACCGAUUCGUCUUCCACACGCUCCGCCCGCCACCGCCCGGCAGCUCCUGGUGGCGCCGCAAGCUGCACGGAUUCCUCAACUCGCUGCUGCUGCUCAAGCGAUAUGGCCUCUCCCUGCUCAAGAUGGACAGAUUUGUCCAGGAAAUGCUGCAAAGAUUUACGCUUUUCUACAAUGGAUUCGAAUCUCGCCCUGUGUUUGGCACAGUUGAAGAGAUGCUGAAAUGGACGGGCCUCUAUGGGCUCACACACAGGACCCUCGAGGAGGAGCUGAUCGAUGCCGGCCUCAACUCGCAUACUAUAUCGGAACUCGUCACUGUGAUAACAAGGAUCAACUAUGGCCAAAGCGUGCGUAUAAGUGGCCUCGCAGGUGCUGUGUCUUUAGCUGGCUCUGAGUCAGGAUUAUGGGCUGUCAAAGGAGGCAACUGGCAGCUAGCUGCCGGAUUGCUAAAGAUCUCUAACGCCACCUUGCAUCUCCAAGAAGGCAUAGACUCAAUCACUGAUGCCGGGGAUUAUUAUGUUCUGAAAUCGAACAUAGGGAAUGAAUACAACUGUACAGUGACAGUGGUGGCAACACCUCUUGACGAGGUGAACAUUACAUUUAGCCCUCCAAUCUCCAUUCCACCGAGGAAGAUGCAGCAUACACAUGCAACCUUUGUCAGGGGCCUCUUGAACCCUCGGUAUUUCGGUGUAAGCUCAGUGUCAGAUAUUCCAGAGCUGAUAGGUACCAUGGAGCUCCCUGGUAUCCCUUUCUCAAGUAUCUCAGUUCUGAAGAAGUACAGCGAAGAUGACAUGACCUAUAAGGUGUUCUCGCGUGCGAAGCUGGAUGAUGGCUUGCUGGAUCAGAUCUUCAGCGCAAGGAAAGAGACGAUUCGGAUAAACUGGGCUGCUUACCCACACUACAAAGCCCCAGAAGUUUUUGCUCCGAUAGUGUUGGAUGGGAAGCAGCUGUACUACGUGAACACCUUUGAGAGCGCAGCAAGCGCCAUUGAGACAGGCGCUGUGGCAGCGGAGAACGUGGCUCGGCUCAUCAUUGCGAGGCAAAGAGGAGCCGAGUCUGCUGCUCCUCAUAUCAAAUCAUUCGCUGAGGAGGAGGAGGAGGAAGAGGAAGGAUCCUGGCGUCGGCAUGUAGACCUGUGAAGCUGAUCUCCGAGGAUCACGGGGUUCAUGUCCUUGGCAUUUCGGAUGUUUGGUUUGGUUCCAUGUAGAUGCAUACAUUUGGUUUGGUGGGCUCUUAACGUUUUUCUUCUGAAUUAAAGAGUGGCGUCUUUUCUCCUUAUGGUGCUCGUCAGAAAGCAUGGAUGGAGACUCUGUAACAACAUAUGUGAUGUUUGAAGUUUCGGACUUCUUUUAGCUUGUUAGACUUCAUUUUAUUCAGAUUUCCGCCCCUCAACUAUGUGUUGUAGCUUUGUAAUAAGUUAAAUCUGACUGUACGAUCGAACAGGUGUGCGUGUGUGUGUUUUCUUUUAUCUAGGCAUAACGAUAAAAGAUACAUUGGAAGAUUCUAGAUUUUUAGUGUGCGA